AUGGAAGUUGAUCAGUCAAUUAGAACAAACCAAGUUAAUUAUGGUAAUCGACCCCAACAACCAAACCCAUCAAAACGUCCGAGACUUUUUAACACGGUAACCGGAAAAUACGAAGACCCACCAGUUGAAAGCGAGAACGACGAAAGAGCAGACUACUGCCCAUUAGAAGAUGAAGAAUAUUAUCCCGAAGAAUCCAGUACUUACCAACGCUACAUGAGACAAGUCGAAAACCAAGAAUGCGAUCUUCCUGAAGAGGACAUGGAAGAUUCACGCCCGGUACCACCUUUCAGAUGCAACCAGAUAGAGACAGGCAAGUUGGCAAAAGAGUGGGGAUCAUGGAAGGAAUCUUUGGGAUGCUAUUUCGCGGCUUAUGGCAUAACGGAUCAGCAGGUUAUGAAGGCGAAACCAUUGCAACUAGGUGGCCCAGCGCUUCAAACCGUGUUCAAGAACUUGAAAGAUCGUGACCAUAUGCCGGUAGUUUCCCUGAUGCCAAAAUGGUACGAUGCCGCGGUCGACAAACUGGAUGAAUUCUUUGAGCCCCGGCAUCAAACAACAUCAGAACGUCGCAAGCUCCGCCAGCUCAAACAGAAGUCUGGAGAGAGAUUUGCCGAUUUUAUAACCCGGCUGAAGCAACAAGUUUCGGAAUGUGGUUUCGAGCACUACGGAGGUGACAUCGAAGAAAUACUAACGGAGAUUUACCUCACCGAUGCGGUUGUAGAGGGGUCAAUUCUAACGAGAAAGCAAGUGCGAACCGUAGAGGACCAAAAACCGAAUCAGAGCGAUGGAAGCAACAAGGAAGAAACUGAGCAGGACAAGGUAUAUUAUGCUUUUUAUUCCGGCAACGAGAGCAAUGUUGUGACGUGCAACAUCGGGGGCGUUGAUGUGGACAUGCUGAUCGACUCCGGCGCCGACGCGAAUCUAAUUAGUAACGUGGCCUGGUUGAACCUAAAGGAAAAACGAGUAAAAUUGAUCUCCUCCACGAAAGUAUGCACAAGGAUUUUCAAGACAUACGGAAGCAACGAUCCGUUGAAGAUUUUAGGAACUUUUGUGGCGGAGAUAGGGGUUAGUAAAAGGACGAUUCGGGCUGAAUUUCUAGUUGUCGAAGGUGGACAGCGUUGCCUCCUUGGUGACACUACAGCAAAGUGCUUGGGAAUCCUCAAAGUCGGAUUGAAUAUUAAUCAGGUCGACAAUGAACCACAGCCAUUCUCGAUUAUCAAGGGUGUUAAAGCAUUCAUUCACAUCGAUCCAGAUAUGGCUCCUGUGUUCCAACCUAUGCGCCGCCUACCUCUCCCAUUGAAAGAAGCUGUCAACAAGAAGUUAGACGAGCUUCUUCGACGCGACAUCAUUGAGCCGAAAACAGGACCUAUCACUUGGGUAUCUCCACUCGUCGUGGUUGGAAAGGCAAACGGUGAAGUAAGGUUGUGCUUGGACCUUCGCCGUGUAAACGAAGCGGUUCUCAGGGAGCAUCAUCCUAUGCCUGUGGUGGAUGAUCACAUUGCGCGCCUAGGCAAAGGUACUAUUUGGAGUAAACUGGAUAUAAAGGAAGCCUUUUAA